AUGGAAUUUCCUACGGCAGCUGUGGACGAUUUCGCGAGCGAGAUUGACGGGCUCGAGCAGAAAUUGGAAACUCUUACUGUUGAAGCUGAAGACUCCUGUGCUUCUGCCGACUGUCCCAAAGUCAAGGACGAAAGCAACGUGUGUGCAAUCUGCCACGAGGGCAUUAUUCUUCAAGAAACUGGCUUCGUCAAGGGAUGCGAUCACUCAUACUGCAUCAACUGCAUUCUUCAGUGGGCUUCCUAUAAGACGUAUCCUUGGUGUCCCCAGUGUCGCUUGCCAUUUUCAUCUCUCUACCUGUACAAAAAUAUUGAUGGGAGUUUGAGUGAUUUCAUGCUUGAAGAAACAGUGUGCUUGCUUCUCCGUGCUCCAUGGUACUCGCCUGUGGAAUUCGAAUACCACAAUGAAAUAGAGCACCCACCAGAGCUCGAGGAUUAUGAAGAAGACGAGGAGGACUAUUACCAGAACACGUUGCGUAUUGGCAACAGGCGAUGGGGUGAGAAUGGCUAUGUCCGCCGGGGUCGCAUAGAGGCGCGCCCUGCCCCUGCCCGCACGUCUGGUGCAUUUCAGAAGGGUCACAAUGCUUCCAAGGAGGGAGGGCGCAUUCGUCCUAGUAAAGGUGUGAGGAGCGGUAACAAAGCACUCACGAGAAUGGCGGCCAUGGCAGUGACAUCCGCCUCUGCAGGCGUGUUGCCAGCUGUCUCCGCUGUGUGCCUGAAGGAGGAGAAGCUCUCUGUUGGCUCCUCUUGCACGCAGCUGAAAUCGGCUCAGGCAGGAUUUUCCGGGAAAUCGCUUCGCCAGCAGUCGCGAAGGACUUCGCGCAAAGCCGCUUCCCAAAAACAUGGAGCCCUUCAGGUUGCCGCGACCGCAGGCGCGUCAAGCGACGCAGAGAAGAAGCGGCUGCAGGCGAUGGUGGCGGAGAAUGCGCGGCUGAAAUCGCGCCUGGCGGAGCUGGAGGGGGCUCUCUCGCUCGCCAUGCAGGGAGGCGGCGCCCCUGGCUCGCCUGCUGUUGCCGCUGAUGUGGCAACAGCUGCAUCACCAGCCUCAGCAUCCGCUGAAGUUAUAGAAGAGGCCGUAGGGUCCCCUCCGAAAAGACAAGCUGUGCCGGCCACUGCCGCUGCCCAGCAGAUUAUCUGGCCGUCCCCCCAGGAGGAGCCGCAGUUCUGGAUGCGCUGGCCAACCAGUGAUGGCUACGUGGCAGCAGCAGAGGUGGCGAGCAGUGGAUCAACAGGGGACGGAGUGGUGGGAGAGAGGGACUCAGAGCGGCUUCACAUUGUGCACGUGACUGCUGAAAUGGCUCCCCUGGCGAAAGUUGGAGGCCUCGGGGAUGUGGUAACAGGUUUGGGCCGAGCCUGUCUGGCGCGGGGGCACACGGUGGAGGUGAUGCUGCCGUUCUAUGAGUGUUUGGACACCAAGCAGAUCGACAACCUGCAGCUCAAGCGCUCCUUUGGCUCGUACUUCAAGGGCGACUGGGUUGGUGUGGAGGCGUUUAGUGGGGAGAUCUCAGGCGUACCAGUGGUGCUGCUGAAGCCCGAGAACCACUUCUUCAGGGGAGGGCGCAUCUACGGUGGCUCGUACAACGAGCUCGAGGCGUACCUCUUCUUCAGCCGCGCCAGCCUUGAGUUCCUUCAGGUGACGGGAGCACAGCCGGACAUUUUGCACAUCCACGAGUGGCACACAGCAGCAGUGGCGCUUCUCUACUGGGACAUCUACCACCAACUCAACCUGCAGAAGCCUCGCCUGAUUCUCACCAUUCACAACAUGGAGCACCAUGGGGAGUGCAGAUGGGAGCAGCUGGACAUGUGUGGUCUGGAUGGGCAGUCGUAUCUCGACUCCGAGAAGGCAAGAUGCUGUGCAGGCGCUACAUGCAGCACGGCGUUGGCCACUAAGCUGACUCCCUCCUCCUCUGUCCCUCUCCUCCCCUCUCCACCCUCCAUGUUCCCCCCGGAAAUAAAACACCCCACCAGCCUGGCAGGCAAGAUGCUGUGCAAGCACUACGUGCAGCGGGGCCUGGGCCUUACACCUGAAAUAACACCUGAGGCAGCAGAGAAGCUUGCAGCUGAUGCGUCAGCAGGGCCCGUGGCUGACUCAGUGCUGACUCAGCUGGUCACGGGGGAGCGGUCCCCAUUGGUGGUGUGCGUGACCCGUCUGGUGGCCCAGAAGGGCAUUCACCUGAUUCGCCAUGCCAUCUACCAGACACACAAAUACGGUGGCCAGUUCAUUCUUCUCGGCUCGUCGCCUGAUGGCCGAGUGCAGGGAGACUUUGUCAAGAUCGCAGAGGAGUUUCAAGAUGGAGGCAGUGUUCGCCUUGUUCUUACAUACAGUGAGAGCCUGGCUCAUCAACUGUUUGCGGCGGUGGAUAUGGUCCUCGUGCCCUCCAUGUUCGAGCCGUGUGGUCUCACCCAGAUGAUCGGCAUGCGCUACGGCACGGUGCCGGUUGUGAGACGGACAGGGGGACUAGCCGACACAGUCUUUGAUGUGGACGAUGGGGGAAACAAAGAGAAAGCGAAUGGCGCCCACCACCUCCAUGCUGCCACGUCUUUUGGGUCCGCCAUACAUGCAGUCGUACCAGCGCGCCUGCUGCCCACGAGUGAGGGUGGGAAGGUGACGUGGAACGGAGUCACAGGCAGCACAUCGCCCUCCCACCCUCCCUCGUGCCUGUGCCUGCAACCACCCCCGCCACCUCCCCCUAUACACGCUGCAACCACCCCCGCCACCUCCCCCUAUACACGCUGCAACCACCCCCGCCACCUCCCCCUAUACACGCUGCAACCACCCCCGCCACCUCCCCCUAUACACGCUGCAACCACCCCCGCCACCUCCCCCUAUACACGCUGCAACCACCCCCGCCACCUCCCCCUAUACACGCUGCAACCUCCCCCGCCACCUCCCCCUAUACACGCUGCAACCACCCCCGCCACCUCCCCCUAUACACGCUGCAACCACCCCCGCCACCUCCCCCUAUACACGCUGCAACCACCCCCGCCACCUCCCCCUAUACACGCUGCAACCACCCCCGCCACCUCCCCCUAUACACGCUGCAACCACCCCCGCCACCUCCCCCUAAACACGCUGCAACCUCCCCCGCCACCUCCCCCUAUACACACUGCAACCUCCCCCGCCACCUCCCCCUAUACACGCUGCAACCACCCCCGCCACCUCCCCCUAUACACGCUGCAACCACCCCCGCCACCUCCCCCUAUACACGCUGCAACCACCCCCGCCACCUCCCCCUAUACACGCUGCAACCACCCCCGCCACCUCCCCCUAUACACGCUGCAACCACCCCCGCCACCUCCCCCUAUACACGCUGCAACCACCCCCGCCACCUCCCCCUAUACACGCUGCAACCUCCCCCGCCACCUCCCCCUAUACACGCUGCAACCUCCCCCGCCACCUCCCCCUAUACACGCUGCAACCACCCCCGCCACCUCCCCCUAUACACGCUGCAACCACCCCCGCCACCUCCCCCUAUACACGCUGCAACCACCCCCGCCACCUCCCCCUAUACACGCUGCAACCACCCCCGCCACCUCCCCCUAUACACGCUGCAACCUCCCCCGCCACCUCCCCCUAUACACGCUGCAACCUCCCCCGCCACCUCCCCCUAUACACGCUGCAACCUCCCCCGCCACCUCCCCCUAUACACGCUGCAACCUCCCCCGCCACCUCCCCCUAUACACGCUGCAACCACCCCCGCCACCUCCCCCUAUACACGCUGCAACCACCCCCGCCACCUCCCCCUAUACACGCUGCAACCACCCCCGCCACCUCCCCCUAUACACGCUGCAACCUCCCCCGCCACCUCCCCCUAUACACGCUGCAACCACCCCCGCCACCUCCCCCUAUACACGCUGCAACCACCCCCGCCACCUCCCCCUAUACACGCUGCAACCACCCCCGCCACCUCCCCCUAUACACGCUGCAACCACCCCCGCCACCUCCCCCUAUACACGCUGCAACCACCCCCGCCACCUCCCCCUAUACACGCUGCAACCUCCCCCGCCACCUCCCCCUAUACACGCUGCAACCACCCCCGCCACCUCCCCCUAUACACGCUGCAACCACCCCCGCCACCUCCCCCUAUACACGCUGCAACCACCCCCGCCACCUCCCCCUAUACACGCUGCAACCUCCCCCGCCACCUCCCCCUAUACACGCUGCAACCACCCCCGCCACCUCCCCCUAUACACGCUGCAACCACCCCCGCCACCUCCCCCUAUACACGCUGCAACCACCCCCGCCACCUCCCCCUAUACACGCUGCAACCAUCCCCGCCACCUCCCCCUAUACACGCUGCAACCUCCCCCGCCACCUCCCCCUAUACACGCUGCAACCUCCCCCGCCACCUCCCCCUAUACACGCUGCAACCACCCCCGCCACCUCCCCCUAUACACGCUGCAACCACCCCCGCCACCUCCCCCUAUACACGCUGCAACCUCCCCCGCCACCUCCCCCUAUACACGCUGCAACCACCCCCGCCACCUCCCCCUAUACACGCUGCAACCACCCCCGCCACCUCCCCCUAUACACGCUGCAACCACCCCCGCCACCUCCCCCUAUACACGCUGCAACCACCCCCGCCACCUCCCCCUAUACACGCUGCAACCUCCCCCGCCACCUCCCCCUAUACACGCUGCAACCUCCCCCGCCACCUCCCCCUAUACACGCUGCAACCACCCCCGCCACCUCCCCCUAUACACGCUGCAACCACCCCCGCCACCUCCCCCUAUACACGCUGCAACCUCCCCCGCCACCUCCCCCUAUACACGCUGCAACCACCCCCGCCACCUCCCCCUAUACACGCUGCAACCACCCCCGCCACCUCCCCCUAUACACGCUGCAACCACCCCCGCCACCUCCCCCUAUACACGCUGCAACCACCCCCGCCACCUCCCCCUAUACACGCUGCAACCUCCCCCGCCACCUCCCCCUAUACACGCUGCAACCUCCCCCGCCACCUCCCCCUAUACACGCUGCAACCUCCCCCGCCACCUCCCCCUAUACACGCUGCAACCUCCCCCGCCACCUCCCCCUAUACACGCUGCAACCACCCCCGCCACCUCCCCCUAUACACGCUGCAACCACCCCCGCCACCUCCCCCUAUACACGCUGCAACCACCCCCGCCACCUCCCCCUAUACACGCUGCAACCUCCCCCGCCACCUCCCCCUAUACACGCUGCAACCACCCCCGCCACCUCCCCCUAUACACGCUGCAACCACCCCCGCCACCUCCCCCUAUACACGCUGCAACCACCCCCGCCACCUCCCCCUAUACACGCUGCAACCACCCCCGCCACCUCCCCCUAUACACGCUGCAACCACCCCCGCCACCUCCCCCUAUACACGCUGCAACCUCCCCCGCCACCUCCCCCUAUACACGCUGCAACCUCCCCCGCCACCUCCCCCUAUACACGCUGCAACCACCCCCGCCACCUCCCCCUAUACACGCUGCAACCACCCCCGCCACCUCCCCCUAUACACGCUGCAACCUCCCCCGCCACCUCCCCCUAUACACGCUGCAACCACCCCCGCCACCUCCCCCUAUACACGCUGCAACCACCCCCGCCACCUCCCCCUAUACACGCUGCAACCACCCCCGCCACCUCCCCCUAUACACGCUGCAACCACCCCCGCCACCUCCCCCUAUACACGCUGCAACCACCCCCGCCACCUCCCCCUAUACACGCUGCAACCUCCCCCGCCACCUCCCCCUAUACACGCUGCAACCUCCCCCGCCACCUCCCCCUAUACACGCUGCAACCACCCCCGCCACCUCCCCCUAUACACGCUGCAACCUCCCCCGCCACCUCCCCCUAUACACGCUGCAACCACCCCCGCCACCUCCCCCUAUACACGCUGCAACCACCCCCGCCACCUCCCCCUAUACACGCUGCAACCACCCCCGCCACCUCCCCCUAUACACGCUGCAACCUCCCCCGCCACCUCCCCCUAUACACGCUGCAACCUCCCCCGCCACCUCCCCCUAUACACGCUGCAACCACCCCCGCCACCUCCCCCUAUACACGCUGCAACCACCCCCGCCACCUCCCCCUAUACACGCUGCAACCACCCCCGCCACCUCCCCCUAUACACGCUGCAACCACCCCCGCCACCUCCCCCUAUACACGCUGCAACCACCCCCGCCACCUCCCCCUAUACACGCUGCAACCACCCCCGCCACCUCCCCCUAUACACGCUGCAACCACCCCCGCCACCUCCCCCUAUACACGCUGCAACCACCCCCGCCACCUCCCCCUAUACACGCUGCAACCUCCCCCGCCACCUCCCCCUAUACACGCUGCAACCUCCGGCGCCUCAAAAGGUGUUUCAGGCCCCACGAGCCAGUGGCGGGGAGUAGUGAGGGCUCGCGGGCAGCAGUGAGGGCUCGUGGGCAGCAGUGA